ACUUGUUACUUCUAAUAUUUGAGAACGAUGCUCGCUCGAAGAACCUGGAUCGCUGCUGUUCAAAGACUAGCAGUUUUAUUUCUGAUUCCUUUCCUUUAUAUAAAUUUUCGGGAACAUUUUGGUACUAAGCAGGCGGAUGUGGGCGUGGGUAUAAGCAUCAACACUUGGAUAAAUCAUCUUUGUCCAAAGUAUUCCCUAAUUAACACCGUCAACAAAACUCUCAACUGGCGGCCGCUCACCCCAAACACCAUUUUCUUUACUGAAACUUCCUGUGCCCUCAAGUUCUCUCCAAGGAAGGCGUGUGCCGUCGAGAGCGCCGCCCAUCACCAUCCACAUCGACCUGUCCUGUUGUUGGUGACCGCCCCUGCCAUACUUCAUCCACAACCACUACUUCAGUUAGUGGAGGACCUGGAUAAUGUGGAAUUCUCUUACUUGGAUCUGGACCAGGUCUUUAGUGAGCCUCCGCUGAAGUCAUGGCAUCAUCAACGUCUAUGGCUCUACAAUGAAGAUCAUGCACCUGUGUUUGUUAGCGACGCAGCCCGUGUGGAGCUCUUAAGACGAUAUGGCGGGACUUACCUUGACCUCGACAUCUGGACCUUGCGACCUCUUCCUGACUUCCAACCUUAUCUAGGGUGGCAAACUGCCGAAUCCGUCAACAACGACGUCUUGAGCUUUUCCCCACGACACCACUUCAUACAGGAAAUUGUGGAUGCAAUACCGAGUGUUUUCAAUCCCCACACACGCAACACCAUUGGUCCGACUCUCUUCACCACCCACCUGCGCCAACUGUGUCCUGAACAGCUUACCAUCCCCAAGGACAUCAACAGCACAGUGAAGGACACCUGCCACGGCAUCACCAUCUACCCACGACGAGCCUUCUCCCCCAUCAGCCUAGGACCUUCUGAGUUAUUGAGCGUCUUCUUACGUGGUCAUGGACUAGGAACCAAGUUUUUGAAGGAGUCGACUGACUUCUACUUACUCCAUUUGUAUAACUACCUAUCAGAAAUGCUCUUAGUCAAAUUGGGAGGAGACUCCAUCCUAGAGGAAGUGGCUAAGAGGAACUGCCCAAUAUUAUUAUUAUUAUAAUCAAGGGGGAAGAGCUAAACCCGUAGGAUUAUACAGCGCCCAGGGGGGGGGGAUGUGGAAGGCAUUCAGGCUUAAUUCGGGGAACUGGAGCACAGAUCCAAUUCCCUAAAUCAAGAGCCCCUCACCAACAUCAAGGAACCUUCCAUGAGGGGAACUGCCCAAUAGUAUAUCGUUUUUUUUUUCUUGCCCAUAACAUGAAAUUUUAAAUUACUACUUAACCUAAACGAAUAAUGACAUAACUAAUGGACUCGCACACAUUAUACUACUUUUAAAUGAUAAAGCUGGUAAAUUAGCCAAAUUAAGUAAGUUGGUUGUAACUGUAGUAUGACUUUCCAACAUUAGAUCAAAUAUUACGAGAGAAUUAAAUACUAAUAAAUGUGAACGUCACAGGAAUACUUUUAGAAGCUUGAGUGGAUCUAUAGCUCAUGAUAACAUAAACGUAGGUAAGUAUGUUUACCGAGAAACUAGAAAUUAAAACAACCUGACUGAUGUUGUAGUAGCUAGGUUUAGAAUCCUGGGAGUCUGGUAUAUACACACCUAAAUGAAAAGUAUAGUGUUAAUAUAAUGAUCACUCUCUUGAACACUAUGUGCUUGAUUAUUCACUUACCGAAGAAUGUAGACAAUAAAAUAACCUAUUUGAUAUGUCAAGGUAAAUUAUUAAUAUAAAAAUCUAGAAAUUUUAGGUAAAUGUCCUCAAUUUGUUUUGUAACAGAUGAAAUACAAACUAAAUAUACUGUAUAUCUUGAUGUAUUUCUGUUAACUUUUUCGGGGUCUAGUACCUGGGCCUUUUGUGUAUCCAUACGCCUUGCGUAACCGUCUACAGGAUGGACGGUUACGAAAGAUUUAAUUUUUUCCCCUAAGGUUAUCCUUCAUGACUCUUAAGGGUCACAUAGUUUACGGGUCGUACAAUGCCUGGGAGAUGAUCAAGUUAAAAUUCACUGGAGUAACUGCCCUGCAUCAGCAUCCAGGCUUCAUCCAGGAAGGUUUCUUCAGUUCGGUUCUUAUUGCAAUUAGGAAGAAAUUUACUGGUAAUGAUAAUAUAAUGCUAACAAUUCUAUGUUAAAUAUGUCAGAUUAGCUCUCCUUCCUAUGACCAAGGUGGGUACUCCUACUAAGUUUUGAUGUUACUUAUCAUGUUUUUGUGUUUGUAUCUUAAUGUUUCGGUAAACUAAAUGACAUUAAAUGUUGUAGAAUA